AUGUUCUCCUCUUCUCCUCUCCCACAGUUACAUUGCAAGCUCUUUGCAAAAAUGGGGGAUGACCGACCUUUUGUGUGCAGCGCUCCUGGCUGCGGACAGAGGUUUACCAAUGAGGACCACUUGGCUGUACACAAGCACAAGCAUGAGAUGACACUGAAAUUUGGACCAGCCAGGACCGACUCUGUCAUCAUUGCAGACCAGACACCUACUCCCACCCGCUUCCUAAAGAACUGCGAGGAGGUUGGUCUGUUCAACGAGCUGGCCGGCUCCCUUGAACAAGACGAAGACGACAAGAGAGCAAAGAACUCUCUCCCUGCUCCCAACUCUGUGGCUUUGGACAUGAGCCUGCAGACGCCAUCGGACGUGAAGGUGAAAGAGGAGGCACCUGUAGAGGUUGAUUCCUCUCCACCAAACAGCCCUGAAUCCAUCUCUGGAAAUUCAGACAGCAGCAUAGAGUCUCUGGUUAGAGGAAAGGACACACCACCGAGGAGUUCGGCCCCCACCCCGACUAUUGUGCGUCCAGGUUCCCUCCCACUACACUUGGGCUUUGAUGCCCUUCACCCCACCAUGCCGUCACCCACCUCUGUCAUCACACAGGCGCCGCCUUCCAAUCGUACUCUGUGUUCGCCAACCAGCCACUACCCCAUGAUGAUGCUUCCCUCUGGUCAGGCAGUGUCCGUGCUCCCUGGUCCAGUCCACAUGCCCUCUGUCAUCAAUCUGGCCCGACCCAUGUGCAUGGUACCCAACAUUCCUGGUAUCCCCGGUCCUCCUCUGGGAGGCAGCAGCAGCGGCUCUAACUCCCCCUCUGGCUACAGCAUCCACUCAGAGGCCAAGAUGCGUCUGAAGGCUGCCCUGUCCCAGCAGAGCCCAUCAGGACAGAGUAUGGGGAUCAUGGCCAUGGGCAGCAGCCCCAUGGUGCCUCAGAGGGCAGAGCAGAGCCAGCUGCUUGUCCAACAGCCAGAUGCUCCAUCACCUGCACAACCUCAGGUAUCUCCAGCGCAGCCUACAGGUGGGCGUCGGCGGCGGACUUUAGAUGAUGACCCCGAUGAGCGAAGGCAGCGCUUCCUCGAGAGGAAUCGGGCCGCGGCAUCGCGCUGCAGACAGAAACGCAAACUGUGGGUCAGUUCCCUGGAGAAGAAGGCAGAGGAGCUCUGCAACCUGAACGUCUCACUGUCGAAUGAGGUGUCUCUGUUGCGGAACGAGGUGGCUCAUUUGAAGCAGCUGCUGCUGGCCCACAAGGACUGUCCGGUGACCACCCUACAGAAGAAGACUGCCUACUUAGCUGCCGAAGAGAGCAUGAAAGACACCUCAGAGCCCACAGGUUCCCCUGCCCCUGUGAUCCAGCACAGCUCUUUGGCACACAGCCCCUCUGCCGGUCAAAACGGCCUGAGCUCAAGGGCAGCAGCUGAGGCCAUGGCUAUGUCCGUGCUGGCAGGAAUGGGCCAGCAGCAGAGGGCUGAGAGUGGACCCUCUCACAUUGUCAUGGCUACACAGUCUCAAUCUGCUGCCAGAUGAUGAGCGAUGGCACCGUGGCCCAGAAUUGGCUCAUCACCCAGGGGUAAAAAAGAGCAGCGACACCUCCCAUCCCCUCUAAUUUCCCUGAUCUAGAAGCCCAAAUUUCUAAUCUUCCCCUUCCCCCUUCGCUGUGUUCCUCUGCUCUCUCUGACCCUCCUGUGGAGCCAUCGUGCUGUGGCCUGGAGCUCAGCAGCAGCAGCAGCCUUCUGGGAAUGGACUGAGACUUUUGAGAGAGCUUCCUGUUCACUUUGCCAUAGACUACAGGGGCUGGACUCCACUUCCCAUCCUCGUUUUUCCCUCUGUGCUUCCCCGCUCAUCUCUCCUGCCCUCAAGUCAAAACAACUCUUCACUGGACUGUAGGACUGCAUCGCUCUGAGCAUACCGCCGUAAUGAACUUUCUACGUGGACGCGUGCGCACAGUUUCUAACACACAGGCGUCGCCUCAAACACUCUCGAUCAAAUCAGAUACCAAUCAACACACAGGGCUUUUACACUGUUUUCAGCAGGGAAUAGUGCCUUGUGCUCCUCGACUUUUUAGGCAUGCACACAAACCCACACACAAGCCAUCACAGCAUAUGCACCCUAUACAGCCUUUGGCUCCAAAGAUGCAGUAGCUGUCUAGACGUCAGUGACUCAGAUCUCAAGUAUUCACCCAAACCUUUUUGUAAAUGGUUCCACCUCAUGGUGAGCUCAACAUGGACCCAGAAACUUUACCUCAUUUACACCCCUUUAUGAUAAAUUUGAUAAACUGUAUGUCUGAUUGGCUCUGUAUGUGUAUAUUUAUGUACAUCAGAACAUAGCCGUUUGCCUACUCCUGAUCUGAAACGUCAGUAACUUUGGAUGGGAUUGUUAGCAUGUGACUUUUUCUAUUCGGGUGUUAUGUUCUUGAUACAGUAUGUGCAGCUAUAUCUUUUUUUUAAUGAAUUGGCACAUCCUCCUAGAUUAGUCAACAGAACCAAAAUACAUUGGAUCUUAAAAUAAGUUGUUUGAGCAAUAGCUUUUUAUUCUGACCUGAAGGGAAUUCAGACUCUCCCCUCCUCUUCCUCACCUUCCUCUAAAACAGGCAGGUUUAGCUGUUUAUUGGUUUGUAAGUGGACGCCCUUUCCAUUUUAUAUGAAACUAUUCUAGUGGCUGUGUUUCUCUGUGUGGGCUCUGGACUUACUGUAACUGUUAUUUUCACACUUCUCAGGAUGGUUGCACAUCCUUGCUGCUCGUUGGAAGUGCGAUGAACCCCUUAGUCUCUUUGCUCUUUACCAAACUUAAACUAAGCCAUAAUGACAACAAAUCCGAUCUCUGAAUCGCCAAAGACCACCUGGUUCUUGUUCUUGGGCAGGAGGUUAAUACCCUGUCUGUUGUUUUGUGUGAUUCAGAGGUCACAGUGACACAGUCUAAAGUAUAUCACUGCUUACUUGCACUUGCUUGUUACACACAGUCUCACAUAACAGUGUCUGAUAGUUUUGCCUUAAGAUCACAUUGGUGCCUCCGAUAGCCCCACUUAAAUAUACACAGAUUUGCUUGUGAGAAAAACAAAAAUAUAUUUCUUUUUGUUCAUUUCAUCAAAUAAAAAAACAUAACCAAUGAGGAACAAAAUAUGUACUCGUUGAACUCCUCAAAGCUUUUAACAUUAAUGUUUAAUUUUAACCAUUAGUCUCUUUUCAGUGGCGUAAAAUGAUACAAUACUUGUCUGUCAUCUGGUGGAGAGACACAGUAAAGAUGUCUUCGCUGGUAAACGCUUAAGUUAAGAUGUCUUGUGACUAUUUCUGAAUGGCUCCAGUUCCUUUCGAAAAAGAUGUUUUACCGAGAUAUCAGUAUACUUUUACAUAAACAAGCGGUUUGCUUUUCAGUUUUUUUUUCUGUAUAUUUUUCCCCCAUCUUUUAUAUGACAUGUUCAUACAUUUACAAGAUGUGAUACUUCAAAAAGAGGAUAUGUCCGCUAACACGAGGGCAUGCCUUUAUGCACUAAAAUAAUGCAAGUUUAUUUUGUUGCUUUGUGUUUCAGUUCAACUUUUUUGCAGUUCUCUUGUCCUCUGGGUCUUUCUCAGAGAUAUCAGAUUCAUUUUAAAAAACAACAACCGCAAUAUUUGCUCUCAUCUGUACUGUAUGCAUAAAUGCAACGUUUCUCUGCAACUUUAAUACCUUUCACCUUUGACUGAACCUCUUGUCCUACAGUCCCAAUGGCGACCCCGGCAUUUUGUUGUACUUCAAAGCUGGCGCUAUAUUUGCCUGGCAGUCCCUUAUAUAUAUGAUUGUUCAUAUGAAAUGAAAAUUCAAACUAUAUUUAGCUUUCAUGUUUUCAUGUAAUUCAUGUCAUUGGCACCUUUUAUGUAAUUUCCUGUUUUCGUUUGUUGCGUGCUAUUCCCAGCACUAUACAAAUGUCAUAACGCUUCUGAUUGUACUGAUGAGUAUAGAAACUAAUUUCUUUUAACACAUCUUUUUUUUGUUUGCUUUUCUCUACAGAAAAAAAAUGUUAUCAGUCUGUUUUUCAAAAAGAGAUUAUAUCCCCUGUGUUAUAUCUUUUAAGAUUAAUCUGGUCACGUCUUUUAAAAGCCCUUGUCUAACUUAUUUUUUAAUUGGUCAACCAACAAUCGUCAUUGCGGUCUUUGGCAUAUUAAUGUUACCUAGAAUUGUUGUGAAAAGAGCAAUUUAAUGAAAAAUGCAACAAUGUGAAAGUUGCACAUAGUGUAUUAAUGGUUUUUCACACUCCCAUUGUUGGACUGAUGAUUUCGAAAAUUGUCCUCAUUCUGUACAUAUCUGUACUAUAUGAAUAUAUUUACUUUUCCAUGCAUGUCCAAGUGGAAUACUACGAACACUUACAGUGCUGCAGUUUUAAUUAAAGAUACUACAUCUUAAAGAGCAUUUAUAAAGUUUUGUUUGUUAAUUUUCAUUGUAGAAUCACAAUGAUAAAAAGAUGUUUUCUGUAACUUUGCUGUAAUACUACAUAAUAACUGGAGCCUCGCAGUCAGUGCUUGGUAAAAUGUGGUAUGAAAGGAGGUAUGUUUGAAUAUGAGAGAAUAUACUGUAUGUAAGGAUA